AUGGCAGCUAACCAGAAUACGCUACUUGGUGCAAAGCACAUCGACGAGAUCCCUUAUAUUCUCGCCAAUUUGGAUUCCAAGACAGCAAAUAAGUUGACGAAGAGAAUGCCUGCCGUACCCCCACCAGUUAUAUCAGUGAUCGGACGACCUUAUGACGUUCAGCAUCGCUGUCAUAUGGGUCCACAGGGUGAAAGCCCUCGGUACAGAAAUCUCAUUCAACUCACGGAAGAAAGCGGUUUCGCUAUACCUCCUGUUUCCGCGAUAGACACAGCUCAAUCAUCAAGGUUCUAUACGCGGGAACAAAGAGCAAGACAACCAGGGGAAAUGACCCGGAUAGAUGAGCCCCGACAUCAUUUGAUGAAUAACAAUGUAGACUCCAUUAUCCAAAAUCUCGAAUCUAUUCCUCGAGCGGCUUCAUCACAGGAAUUUAAUGUUGCUCACCCCCUCAGCGAUGGUUCCAUCAUGACAACCGGUGAUUCUAUGGGCCAGAACCCGCUGAAUGUGGACCCAGUUACUGGGAAAACUGUCUGGAUCAUUCGCAAUAAUAACAAUGAAAAUUCAAAACCAUCUUCACAAUGCAGCAUGCGUACGAUAUCUGCAGCUGCAAACACUACCACUCGGGAUAUGAAUAUCAUCACACCGAUUAGUAAAAGUGGUGUGUCAACCCCUGUACAAAUGGUAGAUCAGUCUACGCAGACAGAGUUCGAACCCACCAUCAAUCGCGAUCAUGGGCAUUGGGCGGCGCAAUAUAUUUCACACUCUACCCAAACAGAAUUAAAGCGACGCAAUUCUAAUCACUGCCAAGAUCGAGAGGCACAAGAAGAGAGGAUCCAAAGAUUGGAGUCUGAGAUGCAAGCCCUCCGUCUCCAACAAAAAGCUUCUGAUGCCCAGCUUAAGGAACUUCAAGCUCAUCGUUGUACUAAGCAGGGAGGCUACAUUCCUACGAUACCUACACCAGCUGAGUCAACUUAUCUGUCCAACUUGCGAGAGGCUCGUCGCGUUCACGAUAUGGCUGCAGAAUGGAAGCUGUUUCAAUUCUACGACUACUAG